UGGAGUGAUGUUCAGCUCCCUGUUGAUAUUCUUUUGUUGACAGUACAAGACUGCGAGUUUUUAGCUUGCUUUGCUUUCUUGAAAAAUUCUUUUCAAAGUUAUCACAGUACCCUGGGUAACGUGUUCUUUGGGACCAUGGGUGAAAGUGGAGAGGAGGCACUGAAAGUUGCUUUAAUGAAAUGUUCUAUGGGUUCUUCUGGUCCAGGUGGCUCUCGAAUCCCUAUCAAGAAUGCAGUUGUCGGGUUGAGACCCAAGGCUACUUUUUCAGUUGGGUACUGCUUCGGUUUAAACCCAGACAGCACCAAGCUAGGAGAUGUAGUGGUAUCCUCUAAACUUUCCACUGAACAAUUAACAACUCCAGUAGGAAGAAAAAUGCGCAACCUUAUUAAAACGUUUUCAAGUGAAAGCUGGAAUCCACCAUUAAAAGGUGAAGAAACAGUACAGGUACACCGUGACCGUGGCAUAUUCAGUGGUACUGUGGGUCAAUUUAAUUCCACUGGACAACGCCGUUUGUCUCAAACUGGUCCGAUUGCACUUGAAAGGAAAGGGGAAGGUAAGAUAUUGUUUUAUAUCAGUGUUACGUGUAGUAUUUUCCAUUUGAAUGUGUAGUGAUGUGAAUAAAGCAGUCAUAUAAUUAUCUCCAGGGCAUUCGUUCUUGAUCAGAAAGAGACAUGUGUCAUAUCCUAGCGUUGUUUCAAACUAAAGCUUUACACAAUUGGCCGUAGAACAAACUUAACGGCCAAAAAUUACCUUUCUUGUAUUAAUUAAGACAACAGAUGCACGGUCUCGAGCACUAGCCUGUGCCAGACGUUUACGUUGUGGGGACGGCGCAGAGGCAUGUGAGCAGGAAAAUAACAGUAUUCCGUCAAGAUUACCGUAAUCAACAAAGUUAAAUUUUGUUAUUGCAACGUCGGUAGAUAUCAGUGAAAAGUUGACAUGCGAGCGAUGGGAGUAAGUGAAAAAUUGAAGUUACCAUCGCGUUCUAUGACCCAUUCAUUAUGCUAUGCUUUUCACUGGUUAAAAAAAAAGCCUUCAAUCUGCUCUUCUAUUGCGUAUAAAGCGUAAGUAUAAUAAUAAUAAUAAUGACUUUAUGUUAGUGUCAAUGUAUUUAGCUUGACAGUUUGCUAAUUGGGGACACUUUCCUAAGUAUUGGCACUAAUCUAUCGCAUGAUUAUUAAAUUAAUGAUCUUGUAUUUGUAUUUUAUUUGCCCAACAUAACAAGGGUACAUACAAUUACAAAAGGAUACAAAAAAUGUAGGAAGAAAUGGCGACGAUGCUUAACGGAAACUAUAAAGCUCAUAACAAUUACACCUUUUCGAUUACAGUUCAAAGAUGGCAUAAAAAUUGCGGCGACGGAUACAAAUGUUAUUAGAUGGAAAAGUAAAAUAACAAUCAAUAUUAGAGCGGUUACCACUGACACGCGCCCUCGAAGGGUUUUUUCUCUCUGUUGAAACCUGUGUUUUCGUGGAUGUCAAUCAACCGUUUCCAUGGUCUUCUCACGCGCUCCAGAACUAGCAAGAAUUCAGACGAGUUGCGCGCGUGUAGUGAGAAAGCUUAUGUGGUUGUAACUUACAGUGUGUUUAAAAUAAGUCGAUAAUUUGAUUUUCCUCUGACAAACACUCAACAAAUUCGUUCUCCUCGUAAUCUUGACGUGAAGCGGUGUCAGAUCCUGUAGCAAAAUAUUGCAAAAACGGCUUAAACGCCGACAUUUUCGUCUGAGUGCUCGAGAAACGGGGAAAGAAUCUUCUCUUGGCCGACGCGUGAAAACCAUAGUAACAGUUGAUUGACGUCCACCAAACCGCAGGUUUGAACCGAAUAAAAAACCCUUCGAGGGCGCGUGUAUGGUAACUGCUGUAAGGACGUUUACAAAUGUUGAAUAUUGAACAGCUUUUAGGUCCCAAGAUUUUUGUUAGAGUACACUAAUAAUUAUUACAAAUAAAUGCCUCAAGUGCAAAGGAAAAAGGAGAGGAAGAGUUGAUGAUGUUGGUGUUUAAGGUGUUAUAAAAUUUAGGUCCUUGACAAAAUGCCGAAAAUUGUUUGAUUCGAGUACGACAGAAAGGCAGAGGAAACUUACUAGAGUUUCUUGUAUUUCUUGUAGCUAAAACAAACUGACAAUUUAUGAUUUUCUACGAGGGUAUUCAAGUUUGAUAAGUUUUUUGCUAAGAUAGUAAAAGUCAUCAAGUUUUUCUUUUUCACUUUGUUGACCACAAUUAGAAAUCCUGGUGUUUGCCAAAUUGUUCAGAUUGCAUCCUAGAGAACUUAAAUUUUCAAAAUUUCCCAGGGGGAGCAUGCCCCCGGACCCCCCUAGUUUCUCGUGCCUUCGGUACUCAUCAUUAGCGCUGUCGCGCCAAUACUUAUACACAUAUUCCCAGUUAUGACCAAUACUAGAGAAGUAGCUGCAAAACCUAUUUGCUACCCCCACUGGAUCAGAAAUCUCCUGACCCUCUGCGGACUUAAAUAUUGUAUUUAAUUGAGGCCUUGACUUUUUUCUAUUUAAAACUUUGUUUAAAAUUUUCCAGGUCGCAUGUGUAUUUGAUUUAGCAUUUUCCAAUUUCUUUUCAUAAUACCGACGCCUAGCCAAACGCAAGGUGUGACUCAAUUUGUUCUUGUAUCUUUUGUAGAGUGAAGCAUUGUCGACUGUUGGAACUUGAAGAUAUUUUUUGUAGAGUUUAGUCUUUGUUUUGAUGGUAGCCUGCCAGCAAGCUCUCCAUUUGGGGGAUCAUGAAAACUAUGCGCGCGAGAGGAGACGCGAAAGUGGGGGGGGGGGGCGGGGUACAUGGAAAGGAAAGCUUGCAACGGUCACUCAUAAAUUUUCAUUUCCGCCCCGGAACAGGGGCGUCGGUUUUUCCUUGGUGGGGCAUAACUGGGAAUAUGUGUAUAAGUAUUGGCGCGACAGCGCUAAUGAUGAGUACCGAAGGCACGAGAAACUAGGGGGGUCGGGGGGCAUGCUCCCCCUGGGAAAUUUUGAAAAUUUAUUAAGUUCUCUAGGAUGCAAUCUGAACAAUUUGGCAAACACCAGGAUUUCUAAUUGUGGUCAACAAAGUGAAAAAGAAAAACUUGAUGACUUUUACUAUCUUAGCAAAAAACUUAUCAAACUUGAAUACCCUCGUAGAAAAUCAUAAAUUGUCAGUUUGUUUUAGCUACCGAGGGCGUAAAAACCGCAAACGCGCCGCAGAUUAAAAAAGUGACAACCGCCUGUCAAUUUUAGACAGCCGAGGGCGCGUAGAAUUUAUUUAUUUACAUUAAAUCGCUGUCGCAACAGCUUUCCACUGCAUCAAAGCAAUGUUUUUGAACACUGAUAUGUUUUUUUAUCCACUGGACUUCGAACUUCAACGUGUCCGCUCGGAUAAGAACUCAAUACUUUGAUUCUCGUUUCGUUUACAUUUUAUAAGACUCAGAAGACUAAGCUCCCCGUCGCCAUCACCAACAUUAUAUAUUUUUCCGUUCCGGAAGUGCAGAACAGCAAACAUUUGCUUUUAAAUUUAUUUGUCAUAAAUAUACUUCGAUUUUUGGGCCAAAUUUUUCUUGUUAGGAAACGCUGAGUUCAGGAAACGGUCUCUUCUACGCGAAUAAACACGAAGCCUCGAGCUAACAAGCAACCAUGACGAUUUUUAAUUAUCCCAGAAGCGAACCAGCAGCUAGUUGAGGAAAAAGAUGCAGAUAAUGUAAGGAUAGUACUUUGUAAAUCAUUCAUUCGGUGCGGGUUUUGAGAAUUAAAUUUGUGUUGUUAUAACAACCGAGUCGACUGUUUUGGUUAGCUCCGGUUAUUCUUUUGUUGCCGUUGAAGUGAAAGUCUAGAAAUAUAACAAAACACUUAAUGUCAGGUCCCUUGCGAAACCAGUUAGUUUUGUUAGUUUCGACUUCGUCUCGGGAAACAUCAGGACUCAAGCGAAAACAAAACUAACUGUUUCCCUCGGGAUGUGACGUUAAGUGUAUAAUGUACACGACUAUAUACUACAUACAAAUGAAUACAAAGUAAGUUGCCCAAUUUCCAAAAAAGUUCUUAAUAACUCACAGCAUUAUCAAUUAAAUAGAUACAACAGCCUAAAUGUGCAAUUUAUAUUAGCCAAAAAGUCAAAUUUAUUUACUGUAUGUAUAGAAUUCCAGGAAUUGCAUCAAAUAUUUUGAGAAACUUAUCGCUUCAAUUCACGGGAAUUUCAGGAGUGCCCAACGAGAAAAAUUUCAAAAGUGAUUGGAUAUCGCCCCCAGUAAUAUUUUAACAGUUACUAAUUGUUUUUAGGUUGAUUAUUAACUUCUGUGGCAAAAUUAUAUCCGCUCCCCAAAGCCAGCUAAAGCUAGAUAUUAAAAUAUAAUUUCCAGCCAGAAUCUUUAUCUUACGUGCUUUUCCCAGCCAGGAUUUUUACCAAGAAGGCAUUUCCCCAGCCACGAAUGUCUCUUUCUUCCCUUUUUUGCCAGCAAACAAAAGACCGACAUUUAGCCAGCCAGGAAGAUAAAUUGAGCCAUUUUAUGCAGGUGAUACGAAAAAAUUUAUCUCAAGGAAAGCUUAGUGGUGUUUGAGAUAUUAUCUUUGCUCGUUAUGAUUUCGAUGCACAUCAACGCGGGAUAAAAAUGUCAUUUCUACGCUCUCACUGGUCUGUGGAGAAUAUAAGUCGUUUUCACUUCACUCCAAAUGAGAGGAAAGUUGCGAGACCGUAAAGAAUAAAUUAAGAGUUGGUUCACCUGAUUUGAACGCAAACUAAUGACUAACACCGAGACUCACUAACAACCACGUUUCCAGGGUUCCAAAAAAUGGUAACGAGACUGGAUUCAUUAAGAGAAUGUCUAGAGAGAACAUUCGCCAAACGUAUAACGCUUACUUACUCUUCUUUUGUCUCCCCCCCCCCCUCCAAAAGCUCAUUGGUCUAAAUUUUAUCGAAAAUUACGCGUUCCGCUGUCACCAAGAAAGUAACGAAAAUUUCGAUUAACAUUUUGCACAACUCACUAUCCAGUUCAGACAUUAUCAAAUGACCGCAUCGCGCAUUCCAGUAUCCAAAACAGUUUCAUUAUUUCAGCCGAUACAGAAAUGGAAUAGAACAAAAGCAUUGUCUAUCCAGCGCCAAUCAGAUGCCUCGAACACACCCUCUCAGUAGCAAUAGAAACUCCAUGCCAGGAAUGCAAAGUCUAUUACUUAUAAUAUAUAAAUAAUAUUUGGUGUAUAAGAAAUCAUAUACCAAAAAAGCACGGAACGUCUAUCCUUCAUGAUGAAGAAAAAUAAGCCGUGAAGACGGAAACAAAUACCAGAAAGACACAGUCUAUCGUUCAUGAUGAACCGAGAACAACUAUGCGGUGCUUACGGAAUCAAAUGUCAGGAAGUCACAGUCUUUCCUUGAAGAUGAAGAACCAACAUGCGACGCAGAAGAAAUCAAAUAGGGGAAAGGCACAGUCUUUACUUGAUGAUGAAAAGCAGUUACGCGGUACAGAAGAUAUGGUUCGUCCCCGACCAGUUUUGAAAACUGCAACGGCUAUCUUGGGGAGAAGUGGCCUAUAAUUAUAAAUUCCUGAUUCAAUUUCACAUUGAAAAGAAAUGUCACGCUUAGAAAGAAUGCAGUUCAGCUAGUAAAUAACACAAGUGAAAACACAGCCUAUAAUAGUCAGCUAUUUUAUCCAGUUUUGACUAGGGCCAUAUUUUGUCAGUGGUGCCUUUUAAUAAUUUCUUUUCCGACACAAAUUUCGUUAUAACGUAACAAACCAUCCUGCUGCCGGCUGCCGUUCCUUUCCGUUGCCAUUUGUGGGUAUUGAUUAAUACUGUAUUCGCACCGACAUCUAACUCUGUCUAUCCAGAAACAACAUAGUAUUAUAGAAGACAAAGACAUUGGCCUUAUGCACUCGUUUGCUCCCGUUGGCUAAAAAAAGGAACUUCUCACCAAUUCCCGGCUGGUGGGAAAUACUAGAAAUACAACAUGUAUUUGUUUUGCCUCGUGAUGACCGGAAAAUCUGCUGUUACAAUAGUGACGCAUAAAAUUUAUGGUUCUUUCAGUUAUGGCUCUUUUAAAUUUGUCUCAGUUAGAAUCUGCACUGAAUGACUUCAUUUCGCAAACUAAGAAUAGCAUACAAAUAUUAUAUAACUAUAGCAUACAAAUAAAUACAAACUUACCUGCAACACUUGGUCCUCAUGUAAUAACAAGUUUUGAAGGGUGUUGUGCCAGAGAUUGAGGGUUGAGAUUGACGACUAGCAUGUGAACAGGCUACUUGUAAAAGAAAAGGCAAGCGAGAGAAAACAAGGGAGCCUGUUCAAAAAGGCUUUGAUACUUUGGCAGUUCUACAUCCAUAAAACGACUUAUUGGUGUCGAAUCCCGAAGCGUGCCUAGAUGUAUCUGGUCAACCAAUACACCAAACAGAUAAAAACAUCUGAGGUCAAUCGGAAGGCAUGCGCCUUAUGAAAUAUUGUCCAGAAUGAUCGAUACCAGCAAAACACUUUAGUAGCAAAAUCGCUCUGAUUAGGCAAAUGUACUUUUUUGUUACUUUCCACUCUAAAUUAUCGUCUACAGUAGAUAAGUAACAAGACUAACCAAAUCUAUUUGGGGUGGUUUUAGCUGCAAGAACGGUUCGGUUCCAUUUUCUUAGAGAAAUCCAUAUUACUGGAAAUCAAGACACAAACGCGUAGGCUAUAUUUUCGCCAGUAAGUAACUACACAUAUUACUCCGUUUAGCAUUCUAGCUAUUUGCAGCUGACAUUUUGUCGAAACAAAAGGACUUGAACGAAAAGGCAUUAUGUGCUAUAGUAAAACAAAAAUGCUGUCUCUGAACAGUCAUGGCUAAUGGAGGUGCAUACCGUACCCCAUACCGUAUCAUUGUCAAGGUCAACAUGAUCGUGAUAAAAUCAAAAGGCAUUCUUACCUGCUGGACUUACUUUUACGAUGAUCUCUUAACCAGGCUAUUGGAACAGUGACCCUGCCCGCUAUUGGAAGGAUGCACUAAAAAUUGAUCACAAAAUGCAAAAAGACAGUUGAGACCAUAAAGCAACUUACCAAAACUUGCAAAAGGCAUUAAGAUGAAAGCAAGGACAUAGAGGAAAGAUUACUUACCUAGAAAUCAGCAGAGUUUGGAUGUAGCAGAAAUUGUCCAAAACCCGUAAAAAUUCAGUUGAAUCACACAAACUGGAGACACAAAAUAACCACCGCGACUAUGACCGCCACUCCUCAGAUGGCAUUCCUUGCGCAAUAAAUAUUAUGAGUUCUCUAUCAAAAUCCCAACACUGACACCAUAACAAAAGACAGGGAUGUUUUUUAAAAAAGAAAUUGCAUUGUUUGCUGACAGCGUUUUAAUGACUGACGUAUUCAGUUAACAUUUGGUACACGCCUUUUGUCUAUCAAUUUAGUGACAAUUGUAUACACGCGCUCGACUUUGCACUAGCCUGCGGUGCACCGUAGUUGUCACUCACAGCCAGCGCUAUCUUUGAAAUUUCUUUACUAGGUGUCAUUUUACUACUCCAGCCAAAAAAUAACCGGCCAAUAAAUUAGCCAGAGCACACUUUCAAAAGCCACAGGAAGCCAGGGGGGAAGGGGUUUUUUUUGGCCGAGCCAGCAUCGGUAUUCAAAGGGACAACCACAGCAAGAAAAGCGUUUCGGCGAAAUUCCCAGCUAGAGUUUCUCAUUCAUUAUUUAGUUACUAGCCAGCAAAUUCUUAGCCUGAGGAGCGGACAUUUUGAGGAGCGGAUUCGUUGGGUACUCCUGGAAUUUUAUUACCUUCACUUUCUUUUAAACUCUUCGCUCGAGAAAACAUGACCUACAAUAAACAAGAUUUCUCCGUUCUUAAGUUUUUCACAUCCCACUUUAUCGACGGUUGAGUGCUUUGUAGGAUACAGUAUUUAUUUUCCCCUACAACGAUAAAAAGGAGUGUUUUCAUUCUGAAUCGAUUGACGACGAACCGAGGGCCUUGACUCGAGAGCCACAAAAUCGAGGUAAAUUCGGUGAUAUACACACCGUAAAUGACCUAAUAAAUUAACGCCCACUUGUGGGGGCGUGUGUGGCCGAGUGGUUAACACCUCGAACUCCGGAUCUGGAGGUCCGGAGUUCAAGCCUCGCCCGUCGCGUUGUUUCCUUAGACCGCAAGGAACUUUACUCCACUUUGUCUCUCCUCACCCAGGUGUAUAAAUUGGUACCGGCGACAUACUGCUGGGGGGUAACCCUGCAAUGAACUAGCAUCCCGUCCAGGGGGAAGUAGCAAUACUCCUAAUGCUUCAUGUUAAAGAAACUGGUAUAAGCUCCAGCCGUUUGGGCCUUUGGCUCGGGUAAGCGUUCACUUUUUACCUUACCACUUCCAAAUAAACGCCUCUUGUCAAGUAGACGCCCCCUCUACGCUGUUAAGAUUUCAUUAGAUGCCCCUCUCUAAUAAACGCCCCCUGUCUAAAUGACGCCCCCUAUGAGAAUCACUCCAAAAAAAAAUGCAAAGUCAUAAAAUUCAGUCAGUUUCUUGCGUGAUUAACAAAGGUUUGCGAUUUUCAUCUUGUUCGAUGUCAAGUUUAAGUGAGGAUAGACUAACAAUGGCAACACAAUAACAAUGAGCGAGGAUUCUGAGAUAGAUGUUGGGAUUUGAAAGACCGAUAUGGAUCUCUAGAUGGCCUAGACGCAUCAACUGAUGGAGUGCGUUUUCCACUAUUUUUAAGCUCUAUUGCUAUUUUCUCUGAAAGCAUAUUAGUUUCGUUGAACUUCAAUCACGAGAAUAAAAGCCUCUCUCUUUUAAACGCCUCUUAUCUAUUGAACGCCCCCGCUUGGACCCCUAAAAUUAAAUAGACCCCCCCCGGAAGUUUAUUAGGUUAUUUACCGUCGGUACUUGCAAACUAAGUGAGCGUUUCUUUACUAAAAUCCAAGAUCAGAUCAAAAAUCCGGAUCACUAGGAUUUUUUGUUGAGAAAAGAAAUGAUGUAUCCAAAAAGCGAUUAUUUUUUAUUCAUUUCCGUAGAAACGACCCACAAUAUUGAAGUUAUCCGGGAGAAAGAAUAACACGGCUGCUAACAGUGUUUCAAGUUUGCUGAUCUUUCUUUGUAUUCUAUACGGCUAGCUUUAGGAUACUGCUUCAGACGGGCCAAAUGAAGAUGAAUCUUGAAAUAAGAUAUACGUAUUGAAAAAGUAAAGUCUUGCAAGAUGCGCCGGCGAAGUUGUGUAGCAGUUUUGUUCUAAUGAACUAGAACAAUGCGAGUUUGCCUUUUGGUCGAGGGUCGAGGGUCGAGGGUCGAGGGUAAAUGGUCGAGGGUCGAGGGUAACUAGUCGACGGUCGAGGGUAAAUGGUCGAGGGUCGAAAAAUCCUCCACAAUUAUUUCUGAAUUUUUUUUCAAUUUAAAACCUUAAUUAAUUAAUUUUAUAUGGCCUCAAGAUUGGAAUGUAGCCGACUAGCUGGUGACUCGCUAGUGUGGCAAACUUUGCAAUUGGAGUCUGGGCGUGAAUUUCUUGUUAGUAUUUGCUAUAGUUGUUUGCCAGCCUGUGAAGUCCGUGAAAGUGGCAUUUGACAAGUUGAUUUAUUAAGUUGUUAUCGUUGAGUUUUACACGUUUUUGUCUUAAAGGCAGUAAAAUAAUCACGCUGACCCAGGUCUCACAUCAUGGGACAAAGCUAGUGGACGUGGGAAAUAUUAAAUACAAACAGUGAAAGUUACCAGAUUAGCAGCCUUUUCAUAAGCGAGUGAAACGUUAGACAAGAAAACCAUUGGGUCUUUGCUUUCAAUAUUCAAUAUUGUUUACUCGAAUGUUACAACGAUACAUGAUGCACGUGCCACUAGAUGUUAAUGUAAUAUCACCUUCAUCACCGUGGGAGUGCAAAAGUUAUAAACAACACAAGACAAAUAAAACAGGCACCGGAAACUCGAGUAAACACGGGCCUUCUUCAAAAUUUGAUUUGACGACGUUCAGAAAUAAUUGUGGAGGAUUUUUCGACCCUCGAUUAGUCUUAAGCGAGUGAAAUAUUAGACAACAAAACCAUUGGGUGUGUGCAAGAGACUAUAAAGGGGACAGAGAGGGCAUCCCCCAUAUACACCCUAUUCCAUAGGUAAUUCGUCUCGAGUUAUUUUUA